AUGAACGUUCUUCGCGCGCGCCUUACCGCGUUUUCUUCACGCUCUUUGAAGACGCGUCCGCUGCAUACUUCUUCGCAAUUGAAGCAGCCGCAUACAAAGGACACGUACUCGAAAGAAGUUGACACCACCCCGCCUGCAGACGACAAGAUUCACCGCGUCGACCCUCAAAAUGCUGCUGCUCAGAAGCCUCAUGAGCCUCAUAAACCUCUAGAUUUACCUCCUCAGGCAAAACAGGGCGAUGCAUCAACGGAGCGUGGUGCCUAUGAUAGUGUCAGUAGCAACAAGCCAUAUGAAAUGAGCGGGAAAGAUCAGAGGUACGGUGGCAUGAAUGAGAAAAUGGGAGAAACCAGCCAAGCGGGGGAAGGGCCUGAGGGCUCGCAAAAGGGCGGAAGAAAGCCAGAGGGCAAGGCUUGA